CCUACUCUACUAUCGCCGUCUCAAUAUCCUCCGCCUUCCCGGCAUGCUCCCAAUGAGUGACGCGUGCCCCUUCCGUAAGCGAGCAUUUGAACUCUCCCCCAAAAAGAUCAGAGAAAGAAAAAGGCAACGCCACAAAAACCCUCAGAGAAAAGGCACAGCCAUCAAAAAAAUAAAAGAAAGAUGGAAAGAGAGAAUACGAAUAAGGAUCAUCAGAAUAAAAAAAAGUUCGGCCCGCUCUAGAUUGCCUACAUCUUUUGUCGUCGAGUCGGUAUGGCGUUAGGUUCCUUAUUUCUCCCCCUCUUAACCACAACAUUGUCCUGACCUAAGGUACUUCCUUAGGCGCGUGUUGUGUUUGCAUCAAAUUCCUUAAUCAAACAUAUAACUAUGGUAUCUGGUUCAGCCUCCCCUACCACACAACUCCCGUGACCGCAAGGCACGUGCAGUGAAUCAAUUCCUCCUUUGCUUUGAAUUCCAUCAUGGUUGCUCAGCAUUCUGAGGUUAUAUUGGCCAUUGUAUAUGACCAUCCACAGAACCAAAAGAACCUCACGUCCUCCAACAACAAACACAAUUCUCGCAAAGUUCCUACGACGAUGCAAAGAACGGAAGCAUAUACUUCCAGCUUUCUCUUUUACUGUUCGAUACGGAUAGCCCGACCACAACCCCAGCCACCAAACCUCCACCCCCAAGAGCUGAGGCGAGGAAUACGACUCCAGGACCGGUGUUAUCGGGCGCUGUUGAUUCAGGAUGGGAUAAUGACAAAGAAACCGAAGACUUCUACGACUGGCAGCAUGGACUCUAUGAUCCAGCAGCUCAUGGUCUCAAUUGAGUGCCAUGCCGAAGCCUACGCAUUGCCUCGCGUCCAAGACUGCUGCCACAAGCACGAGCUCCUCCCAAAGAGAGCGAAAGCAACGACGAAGUCAACGAAGAGAGACAACAUUCAACGACAUUGGGUUGAUAAAAGUUUGCUGCAUAUCCCUGAGUCGUCUACAAGUGAGAGGCAGAAUAGAAGAUGUUUAACGGAUAUGCCUAGCGGCACAUACGAGGAUUACCAAACUACUGGCAAGGCAUCCAGAUCAAAACUGAUUGGAUGGAAUGAAAUAUUUAUUGCUAUUCAGCCUUCAGCAUUUGAUGGGUCUGUGAUUUGGAAAUGGACUUGUCAAUCUUUAGUCCACUAGUUGUGGCGCAUAG